AUGGAGCUGGCGAACGGCGCGGGCUGCUGCUGCUGCGACGAUCGUCACGUUGACACGGAGCGCCCUCUUGACCGAAUGUAUGAAGAAGGUCACGAGGACCCGGUUUCCGUCAUAACUGGGCUCUGUAGGCAGUUUUACCAGCUCGGCUGGGUGACUGGCACUGGCGGGGGCAUCUCCGUGCGACAGGGUCGCUGCGUCUACAUGGCGCCGAGUGGAGUACAAAAGGAGCGAAUUCGACGUCAAGACAUCUUUGUGCUCGACCUGGAGACGGGGGAGAUCCUCCAGCGUCCCGUGAGUACGCCGUCGCUACGGGUCUCGCAGUGUUGCCCUCUAUUUUACAACGCUUUUCGACUGCGGGAUGCUGGUGCGUGCAUUCACACGCACUCUCCAGCCGCUGUUAUGGUAACGCUGCUGCCCCGUACGCAAGCAGACGCGGAGUUCAGAAUUACCCAUUUGGAAAUGAUAAAAGGGAUCCCUUUGCACGGGUAUCAUGACACGCUGGUUAUUCCCGUGAUCGACAAUACGGCGCACGAAGAGGAGCUGGCAGGGGAUAUGGCCAAAGCCAUGCAGCGCUAUCCGAAAUCACCGGCAGUUCUGGUUCGACGUCACGGUCUCUACGCUUGGGGUCGUGACGAUGUCGAGGCCAAGACAGUGACCGAGUGCUUGGAUUAUCUUUUCGAUAUGGCCGUUCGGAUGCAGCAUGCUGGCAUUGAUUAUACAGAGCCCCCGGUCGACUGUCGACAGUGCUACGCUUCAGAUGUUUAA